CUUUCUCUUUAACUUAUUUUUUUCUUCAUAGAUGAUUCUCUUUUCUCUACUUUUGGCCACAUUGCAUACACAUAACUUCAAAGAUCUAUCAUUAAUGUCGAUACUCUCUAUACCCACUCAUAAAAACUGAAUCUUUAUUUUCUUUUCUUUAAUUUUACCUCAAAUUCUUAAUUUAGGGUUUUUUUUUUGUACGGAAAAAAUCUGGAUUUAAGCUUAGAUCAGAGUUGGAAUUGCAUUGUUCAGGGGGUUUUUGUUCAAUCUUGGAAACUUGGGGGGUGAAUUUUUAGUUUUUUUUUAAUCUUUUUAUUUUUUUGGGAGAUUGGGUAUUGAGGAUUUUGUGUUAGGGUUUCGAUUUUUGUGUUUGCAUGUGUAGAAUGUAAAGAGGGGUCCCCUGCUGUAGCAUGGAGGAUCCCAGAAUUUGGGUUUUUUAGAAUUUUCUUGGAAAUUUAGUGGGCAUUGUUUGGAGAAAUUUUAGUUUUUUAUUUUGCAAGAUUGUUUUAUUUGGAUAAUUUUUUUAAUUGAAGUGGGAAUUUAGGAUUUGUUUUUGGGUAAAGUUAUAAUCUUUGUGAAGGGGAGAUGUUUAGUGAAAGUGGGCAGAAUCAUAGUGGGGUUGCAGGUACUGUUUUGAUGCCAACACGUUUUGUAUGGCCUUAUGGGGGAAGAAGAGUCUUGCUCAGUGGCUCUUUUACUAGGUGGCAAGAUCACAUAACAAUGUCACCUAUGGAGGGCUGCCCAACUGUGUUUCAGGUUGUCUGGAACUUAACACCAGGAUAUCACCAGUAUAAGUUCUUUGUUGAUGGAGAAUGGCGUCAUGAUGAGCGUCAGCCAUUUGUAAGUGGAAAUUAUGGUGUAGUCAACACAAUUUUCCUGCCCAGGGAGUCAGAUGGAAUUCCUGAUGUGCCCGUUGGAUCUAAUAUGGAUGUCGAUAAUGAUUUUCUUCGUCUGGAUGCAGUCCCACAGAUAUCACAAGCUGAAAUAGAGCUAUCUUGUCAACGUAUAUCUGCAUUUUUGUCUACACAUACUGCUUAUGAGUUACUCCCAGAGUCUGGCAAGGUGAUUGCGUUGGAUGUAAAUCUCCCAGUAAAACAAGCUUUUCAUAUUCUUUAUGAGCAGGGAAUCUCUGUUGCUCCUUUGUGGGACUUUUGCAAGGGUCAGUUUGUUGGAGUUCUCACUGCGAUAGACUUCAUCUUAAUCCUAAUGGAGCUUGGGAAUCAUGGAUCUAACUUGACGGAGGAAGAGCUCGAGACACAUACUAUAUCUGCUUGGAAAGGGGGAAAGUUGCGCCUCAGCAGACAAAUCGACUGUAACUUGAAUCCGUAUUCAAGAAGUCUUAUCCAUGGUGGGCCUUAUGACUCUUUGAAGGAUCUUGCUUUAAGAUUUCUGCAAAACAAGGUGUCAACUCUUCCCAUUAUCCAUUCUUCUUCACCCGAUGGUUCAUUUCCUCAGCUGCUACACCUGGCCACCCUUUCUGGGAUUCUAAAGUGUAUCUGCCGGCAUUUUAAACAUUCUUCUAGUUCCUUGCCAAUUCUUCAGCAACCAAUUUGCUCAAUUCCUAUUGGUACGUGGGUUCCAAAAAUUGGGGAAUCAAGUGGAAAGCCAAUCGCAAUGCUAAGACCAAAUGCUUCUCUUGGUGCUGCUUUAUCUUUAUUAGUUCAAGGUGAAGUUAGUUCGAUACCGAUUGUGGAUGAUAAUGACUCCUUGCUGGAUAUUUACUGUAGAAGUGACAUUACUGCAUUGGCAAAGGACAGGGCGUACGCACAGAUUCGGCUUGAUGAAUUGAGUAUUCAUCAGGCAAUACAAUUGGGACAAGAUGCAAGUUCUCCUCAUGGAUUAUUCAAUGGACAGAGGUGUCAGAUGUGUCUAAGGUCCGAUCCUUUGCAUAAAGUAAUGGAGCGACUUGCUGUUCCUGGAGCAAGGAGACUUGUCAUUGUGGAGGCUGGCAGCAAGCGUGUGGAAGGCAUUAUUUCAGUGACUGAUGUAUUUAGGUUCUUGCUCGGCUGCUGAUACAGCCUGGUGGCACCUGGCCUUUUUGGGCUUUGUUGUGGUGGCUUUAAUGAAGAAGCCAUUGCUUGGCACUCAUGUUAGUUACUCUUCAGCAACGCCCUUUCGUCAUAGUUGCAUUUGUAAUUGGUCUUGAAAUUUGUGGAGUCCUGAUGGGCUCAUGCUUUUGACUCCCCCCUCUUUUUCCAGGAUGUGAGUUCAGAAAGAAAGGUCUGUAAAUUGAGAGGAUCCCCAAAUUUUCCCUUUAUUUAUAUUUUAAAUUUUCACAACCUUAUUAUCAUCAACUAUGUGGUAGUAUAGCUGCUCUAUUUUAUAUCAUCUAGCUAACAGAAUGGCGAUUAAGGUGUCGAUAGCUGUGUAGUUUCUCAUGAUGCUGGUUGGUUGCUGAUGGAAAGUACUCUUGCUUUCCUUUUUUUUU